UUCGUUGAAAGAUGAAUGUAAAGGGCUCAAACAAAAGAUCGGUACAUUAAAAGAAGAAAAGAAAACAUCAAAGCAGGACAUGAAGGUUCUCGAAAGUCGGGAAAAUGAGCUGGAGUCAAAGAACAGGGAUUUGCGUGAUGCCCUUGAUGAAAAAGAGAGACAAAUGGAAACCCUGGAGAAGGAAACAAAGAAUCUGAAAGACGGACAAAUGAACCUUACAUCAGACCUGGACAAACACAAGGAAGAAAACGAAAAUUUGACAAGAAACGUUGAGACACUUGAAAUAGAAAAAGCAAAACUGGUGUCAGAUCUGAACAAAAACGAGGAAGAAAAUAAAAGUUUGACAAGAAACGUUGAGACACUUGAAAGAGAUAAAACACAACUAGCAUCCGAUCUGGAGAAACACAAGGAAGAAAAAGAAAGUUUCAUAAAACACUUUGAGACACUUGAAAGAGAAAAAGAAAAACUGAUUUCAGAUCUGGACAAAAACGGCGAAGAAAAUGAAGGUUUGAAAAAAACUGUUGAGUCACUAGAAAAAGAAAAAACAAAACUGGAGUCAGACCUGGAGAAAUACAAGGAAGAAAAGGAAAGUUUGACAAGAAACGUUGAGACGCUUGGAAGAGAAAAAGCAAAACUGGUUUCAGAUCUGCACAAAAACGAGGAAGAAAAUAAAAGUUUGACAAGGAACGUGGAGACACUUGAAAGAUAUAAAACACAACUGGCAUCCGAUCUGAAGAAACACAAGGAAGAAAAGGAAAAUUUGACAAGAAACGUUGAGACACUUGAAAGAGAUAAAACACAACUGGCAUCCGAUCUGGACAAACACAAGGAAGAAAAAGAAAGUUUCACAAAACACUUUGAGACACUUGAAAGAGAUAAAGAAAAACUGAUUUCAGAUCUGGACAAAAACGGUGAAGAAAAUGAAGGUUUGACAAAAACUGUUGAGUCACUAGGAAAAGACAAAAAAAAACUGGAGUCAGACCUGGAGAAAUACAAGGAAGAAAAGGAAAGUUUGACAAGAAACGUGGAGACGCUUGAAAGAGAUAAAAUACAACUGGCAUCCGAUCAGAAGAAUAACAAGGAAGAAAAGGAAAAUUUGACAAGAAACGUUGAGACACUUGAAAUAGAAAAAGCAAAACUGGUUUCAGAUCUUCACAAAAACGAGGAAGAAAAUAAAAGUUUGACAAGAAACAUUGAGACACUUGAAAGAGAUAAAACACACCUAGCAUCCGAUCUGGAGAAACACAAGGAAGAAAAAGAAAGUUUCACAAAACACUUUGAGACACUUGAAAGAGAAAAAGAAAAACUGAUUUCAGAUCUGGACAAAAACGGCGAAGAAAAUGAAGGUUUGAAAAAAACUGUUGAGUCACUAGAAAAAGAAAAAACAAAACUGGAGUCAGACCUGGAGAAAUACAAGGAAGAAAAGGAAAGUUUGACAAGAAACGUUGAGACGCUUGGAAGAGAAAAAGCAAAACUGGUUUCAGAUCUGCACAAAAACGAGGAAGAAAAUAAAAGUUUGACAAGGAACGUGGAGACACUUGAAAGAUAUAAAACACAACUGGCAUCCGAUCUGAAGAAACACAAGGAAGAAAAGGAAAAUUUGACAAGAAACGUUGAGACACUUGAAAGAGAUAAAACACAACAGGCAUCCGAUCUGGACAAACACAAGGAAGAAAAAGAAAGUUUCACAAAACACUUUGAGACACUUGAAAGAGAUAAAGAAAAACUGAUUUCAGAUCUGGACAAAAACGGUGAAGAAAAUGAAGGUUUGACAAAAACUGUUGAGUCACUAGGAAAAGACAAAAAAAAACUGGAGUCAGACCUGGAGAAAUACAAGGAAGAAAAGGAAAGUUUGACAAGAAACGUGGAGACGCUUGAAAGAGAUAAAAUACAACUGGCAUCCGAUCAGAAGAAACACAAGGAAGAAAAGGAAAAUUUGACAAGAAACGUUGAGACACUUGAAAGAGAAAAAGCAAAACUGGUUUCAGAUCUUCACAAAAACGAGGAAGAAAAUAAAAGUUUGACAAGAAACAUUGAGACACUUGAAAGAGAUCAAACACACCUAGCAUCCGAUCUGGAGAAACACAAGGAAGAAAAAGAAAGUUUCACAAAACACUUUGAGACACUUGAAAGAGAAAAAGAAAAACUGAUUUCAGAUCUGGACAAAAACGGUGAAGAAAAUGAAGGUUUGACAAAAACUGUUGAGUCACUAGAAAAAGAAAAAACAAAACUGGAGUCAGACCUGGAGAAAUACAAGGAAGAAAAGGAAAGUUUGACAAGAAACGUUGAGACGCUGUAAAAAAAGGCAAAACUGGUGUCAGAUCUGCCAAAAAAAAAAGAAAAAACAAAAUUGGAGUCAGACCUGGAGAAAUACAAGGAAGAGGAAAAGGAAAAUUUGGACAAGAACGUGGAGACACUUGCAAGAGAAAUAAAAAGAAAAAACAAAACUGGAGUCAGACCUGAGAAAUACAAGGAAGAGAAAGGAAAGUUUGACACGAACGUGGAGUGGCUUGAAAGAGAUAAAAUACAACUGGCAUCCGAUCAGAAGAAACACAAGGAAGAAAAGGAAAAUUUGACAAGAAACGUUGAGACACUUGAAAGAGAAAAAGCAAAACUGGUUUCAGAUCUUCACAAAUACAAGGAAGAAAAGGAAAGUUUGACAAAUCUGCACAAAUACGAGGAAGAAAAUAAAAGUUUGACAAGAAAUGUUGAGACGCUUGGAAGAGAAAAGGCAAAACUGGUGUCAGAUCUUCACAAAAACGAGGAAGAAAAUAAAAGUUUGACAAGGAACGUGGAGACACUUGAAAGAGAUAAAACACAACUGGCAUCCGAUCUGGACAAACACAAGGAAGAAAAAGAAAGUUUCACAAAACACUUUGAGACACUUGAAAGAGUUAAAGAAAAACUGAUGUCAGAUCUGCACAAAAACGAGAAAGAAAAAGAAAAUUUCACAAAACACUUUGAGACACUUGAAAGAGUUAAAGAAAAACUGAUUUCAGAUCUGAACAAAAACGGUGAAGAAAAUGAAGGUUUGACAAAAACUGUUGAGUCACUAGAAAAAGAAAAAACAAAACUGGAGUCAGACCUGGAGAAAUACAAGGAAGAAAAGGAAAAUUUGACAAGAAACGUUGAGACACUUGCAAGAGAAAAUGUAAAACUGGUGUCAGAUCUGCACAAAAACGAGAAAGAAAAAGAAAGUUUCACAAAACACUUUGAGACACUUGAAAGAGAUAAAGAAAAACUGAUUUCAGAUCUGAACAAAAACGGUGAAGAAAAUGAAGGUUUGACAAAAACUGUUGAGUCACUAGGAAAAGAAAAAACAAAACUGGAGUCAGACCUGGAGAAAUACAAGGAAGAAAAGGAAAGUUUGACAAGAAACGUGGAGUGGCUUGAAAGAGAUAAAAUACAACUGGCAUCCGAUCAGAAGAAACACAAGGAAGAAAAGGAAAAUUUGACAAGAAACGUUGAGACACUUGAAAGAGAAAAAGCAAAACUGGUUUCAGAUCUUCACAAAUACGAGGAAGAAAAUAAAAGUUUGAAAAGAAACGUGGAGACACUUGAAAGAGAUAAAACACAACAAGCAUCCGAUCUGGAGAAACACAAGGAAGAAAAUAAAAGUUUCACCAAACACUUUGAGACACUUGAAAGAGAAAAAGAAGAACUGAUGUCAGAUCUGCACAAAAACGAGAAAGAAAAUCAAAUUUUGAAAAGAAACGUGGAGACACUUGAAAGAGAUAAAACACAACAAGCAUCCGAUCUGGAGAAACACAAGGAAGAAAAAGAAAGUUUCACAAAACACUUUGAGACACUUGAAAGAGAUAAAGAAAAACUAAUGUCAGAUCUGCACAAAAACGAGAAAGAAAAAAAAAGUUUCACAAAAUACUUUGAGACACUUGAAAGAGAAAAAGAAAAACUGAUUUCAGAUCUGGAGAAAAAAGGCGAAGAAAAUGAUGGUUUGACAAAAACUGUUGAGUCGCUAGAAAAAGAAAAAACAAAACUGGAGUCAGACCUGGAGAAAUACAAGGAGGAAAAGGAACAUUUGCAGAGAUCCGUUGAGAUACUAGAAAAAGCAAAAACAAAACUGGUCUCAAACCUGGAAAAAAACGAGAAAGAAAAGAAACAUUUGCAGAGAUCCGUUGAGACACUGCAAAGUGAAAAAACAAAACUGGGGUCAGAUCUGGAGAAACACGAGAAAGAAAAAGAACAUUUGACAAGAAACGUUGAGACACUUAAUAGGGAAAAAACAAAUCUGAUAUCAGAUCUUGAAAAAGAAAAGAAACGGAUGACAGGAAAUGUUGAGACACUUAAAAGGGAAAAGGCAAAAAUGACGUCAGAUCUUGAGAAACAUGAGAAAGAAAUGGAACGUUUGACGAUGAGGGUUCAUGCAUUGGAAGGAGAGAAUAAAACACUGCAAGAGGAUUUAGAUCGAUUGCAAACUGAAUCCAGAAGAGAUCUCAAUUCUCUGUCAUGCAACAUUGAAGAGUUGAAGCAAAAUAUUUGCGAAAAAGAAGAGGAAAUCCAACAUAUGAAAGAGGAGAUACUAGAAUUACGAAAACCAAAAAAGAAAGAUAUAGUUUUAGGAAUACGGUAUGGUAAUUCUAUUGGAAAGACAAUGCUUGAUAUGGUGACGAAAGAAAUGUCCAAACGUUUAGAGCUGAUGAUUGACAUGACAAAGUUCAGUCUUGCUGUCAAGCUAUAUCAUAAGGGAUCCGACACUCCGAAAGGUCCUCUAGUCGUGUUAUGUUUGAACAUGUCAAUAGUUGGAACAAACAUACGGGACGCACUAGUAGGAAUCGAAGUCGGCAGUGACGUAACAGUCCUGGUGCUCCACCAUACCAAUAAGGAAAACCUCUCCUCAUUGACACCCACAAGUCUUCGUAUCACUGGCAAGGAAUUUAGAAAACUUGGUGCUAUCGUCGACAUGGCGUUCAGUAGUGAGAGCGGCUUAUAUGAAUGUGAUCUAAACACCGCAGCCAUUGCCAGGAUGGCAGCAAUCCUCACGAAAUCUUGAAACGCGUUUCUCGCAGAGAGACAAGACAAAAAACGAGGUAAUCUUUUGUUAGGUAUUAAGUGAACAAGCAAGAUCUGGCUGUUCUUAGACAAGCUGUUACUCAAGUCGAAAGAAAAUGUAAACUGUAUAGACAUAUAAGUUGUUUGUGUGAUACCGUAUUGAUUAACAACAUUGUUUAAUAUGUACUUUUUGUCUUUGCCAAAACAUGCUAUUGAAUCAUCUGAGGCAAAUACGCGCCCAUUCAAUACAAGAUCUACGAUAUUAACCGCUGCUCUUUUCAUACAAAAUGUUCGGUUGAAUUUCUUAUAAGGAAUGUAUAAAAGCUACUACACUAUUUAACUUCGAUCCCAGCAUUUAAACAUGAAGGAUUAACAUGUACAUGUAUGUAUUUAGCAUAAUUUUUUCUCGCUUUGAAAAUAAGUGAUAUUCUGGGAUAAUCGAAUAGCAUUGAGUAAAAUUCAUGCCAAAACCUUUUAAUAGCAUAGAGAUCAAAGUUCAAUUAUCCUAUAUAAACUUUCAAAAAACUAAAUUUCCAUUUCAUAAUAUGUUAGUGCUUUGAUAGGUUUAGAUGAUUCAAGUUAAGUAUUGAUAUCAUUUUGUAAGUAGACGUGAUACAUAUUGCAAUAAUUGACAUUUUACACUGUCCUGUAAAUUUUGUAUUCGCAUCUCAUGUCAUAAAUGACAAAAACAAACUAUUUAAUAUAAACAAUUGAAUCGUUCAAACUGACAACUUCUACUAAAAUAUAAUAAUGCCUUAAUCAUAUUCGUGUUCUGGUUUACUUUUCGCUGUUAUCAAAGGUUGGUUGUUUAGUUCAUAUCUACCAGUUUACCAUUGUGUUACAUAUCACGUGACCAUCAAUAUUUCGUCAUCAAUCUGAUUUUAAUUGACUGUGGACUUUUUUUUCCAUGAAAGAACUACCUAAGCUUACGUAAUGACCAAAGCAUUAGAUGAAUAUAUAUAUAUUAUACUAUUUAAAUGUCAGUACUAAUUCGUUUAACAGAUAUAAUAUCUGUGUCUAAUAGCACAGAAUCCGUGGUAUUGUUUCGCACAUAUUUACUAGAUUCCUACAAAAAAAAUGUUAAUGAUUGCUCAAUUAUCCAUUAAUUAACUCAAUCAACUACUUCCAUGACAUACAGGGUAAUGCAAAAAUGAUACCUAUCGUAAGCAUCAUGUGAUAAUUUCGACAAUUCUUGCUUUAGAAUCUUAAGUUACACAAAAUGAUUACAUGUACAAUAUAUGACAUAUUUGAUAUUUCUUGAAUCUAAUUUGAUGAUGGAUUUUAUUCUGAUCAAUGUUUAUUUCACUUGAAGCCUUAUAACUCAUACAUAUGUAAG